AUGUCGGAAGUAGCGGUUUAUCCCGGUUCUCCAGAUGAAGCAGGGCUUAGUUCAUCACUUAAAUAUGAAAGGAGCCGAUAUAAUAACGCCAGUGUGUUUUUACCGAACACACCAAUUAUUAUUAAUAUUGUACAUUCUUGCGAGUCACAAUUUAUUGUCGGUGCAGAGUCCAUAGAAGAAGCGAAAAAUGAUUCUCUGGUCAGAAAACUUCCUGACGGAAGUUUAGUUCUCAGUAAUCAGAAUUCUUUUUAG